AUGGCCACAGUAGCAAGCUCAGACACGGUCGCCGCGCCUGACCCCGAUCCCGUCAUCGCCCGCUACAACGUCUUCCUCAAGCCGCAGCUGCCCGCCCAUCAGAAACUGCUCGUGCUCCAGUACCCCAACCGCACCGACAAGAAUGCGGCCGGUGGCGGUGCCGGCGCCAUCUCGCUCAGCGGCCAGACCCCGACCGAGCUGCGCAUCAAGACCGCGUCGGGCAUGGUCGAGGUCGACGUGCCCCUCGACUACGCUUCGGCCUACGACCGCGCCAAAGGCAUCGCCUGGGGCACGGCGCUGGCCACGUCCACCAAGGCCAAGGCGGGUGGCAGCCACGGCUUGGCGGGCGGCUUUGGUGUGGGCGGCACCACCCAGGGCAACAACCGCCACGGUCCUGGCGGCGGAGGCGGAAGCGGUGGUGGUAGCCGCGGUGCUGCUUCUGGCCAGGCGACCGCCGCGACCCACGCCGCCGCCGAAGCCGAGGACGGCCGGUCGGCUGGAGCUGGGGCUGGGACCACAUCGUCGGCCGACUGGGCCGAGGCCGUGCGCCAGGACCGCGUGCUGCGCCUGCAGACGCUGGGCGGCAUGUGCCCGCCCGCCCGCAUCGCCGAGGCGCGCUGGAUGAUUGGCGCCUUCGACGGCGGCAACCUGCAUCUGACGCCUGUCAACUCGCUCGUCCACCUGCGGCCGCAAAUGCACCAUAUUGACGCUGAGGCCGAGGUCGAGCGCGCCAAGCACCGGGACACAAAUGCUGCGGCGGGAGCCGGCGGCGGCGAGGGCGGCGCUGGUGGGGCGGCCGGUGCAGGCGGCGCAGGCGGUCGUGCGGCCGGUGCGGCUGGCGCUCGUGCUAUCCACAUGACCGUCAAGAGCGCCGGGGCCGACGGCGACGAGGUCAUUACGGAAACCAUGGCGGACCGCCUGCGCGCCGUGCAGAUGGAGAACUGGGCACGCAUGCUCUACGUAGGCGACGACGACGAGACCUCGUGGGAGGUGUACGACCAGACACUGUUCCUCAAAGACCCGGCCGCGGCCAUGCAGGCAGCAACGGCCGCGGCGGCUACGACGACAGCAACAGAGAGCGGCGCCGACGACGUGGGCGGCAAGGGCAAGGACGCCGUGGCCGACGCCGCCCACGGCCAGCUGGUCGACAAGGUACCGGCGCUGCGCACAAACUGGACCGAAGACGACAUGCUGCAGGCCAUUAGCAGGAUUGAGAAGCCGCCCGACGACCUGACACCCACCCCGACCGCCAGCAAGGCCAAGUCAAAAACGGCCGUCAAGGGCAAGGGGCCGGCAUUGCCGCUACCCACGGCGGCCGGUGGUGUCGAAAUCAAGAGCGAGGCGGAUGCACAAUCUACGUCGCCCAGUGCACAACGCCGGACGCGCCCAUUGGCCCGGCCAGCCGCGUCCAAGGCUGCGGCUGCGGCCCCUGCAACGACGUCCCGCGCUCGUGGUGCUCGGGCACGGCAGGCAGGGCGUGAUGUGACCAUGGACGUGGACCAGUAG